AUGGCCGACGGCGAGCCUGUCCGCGAUGUCAAGAACCACCUGCUCUUUGAGAUUGCUACAGAGGUAGCUCAUCGAGUGGGUGGUAUCUACUCCGUCAUCAAGUCCAAGGCGCCAGUGACCACGGCCGAGUAUGGUGACCGGUAUACCCUCAUUGGCCCUCUCAAUCAUACCUCUGCAGCCGUCGAGGUGGAAGAAAUGGAGCCGACUAACCCAGAGAUUGCCAAGACAAUGCAGGCGAUGAAGGAUCGAGGCAUUGGCAUGCUGUACGGCCGAUGGCUAAUUGAAGGAGCUCCUAGGGUCUUACUCAUUGAUACCAAGACUGCGUAUGGCUACAUGAAUGAAUGGAAGACGGACCUGUGGAAUAUCGCAAGCAUUCCAUCACCACCUAGUGACGACGAGACCAACGAAGCUAUAGUCUUUGGCUACUUGGUAGCAUGGUUUUUGGGAGAGUUUGUCUGUCACGAAAAGAAGCGAGCUGUUAUUGCGCACUUCCACGAAUGGCUCGCUGGUGUUGCGCUGCCUCUCACAAAGAAACGUCGCAUUGACGUCACCACCAUCUUCACCACACAUGCGACUCUUCUCGGGCGAUAUCUUUGCGCCGGCUCUGUUGAUUUCUACAAUAAUUUGCAGUACUUUGAUGUCGACGCCGAAGCUGGGAAAAGAGGUAUCUACCAUAGAUACUGCAUUGAGCGUGCAGCCACACACUCCUGCGACGUCUUCACAACCGUGUCCCACAUUACGGCAUUUGAGUCUGAGCAUUUGCUGAAGCGCAAGCCCGACGGUGUGCUCCCCAAUGGUCUCAACGUGACCAAAUUUUCCGCCGUCCACGAAUUCCAGAAUUUGCACCAGCAGUCCAAGGAGAAGAUUCACGACUUUGUCCGAGGUCACUUCUACGGGCACUACGACUUUGACCCAGACAACACGCUGUAUGUGUUUACUGCUGGUCGUUAUGAGUUCCGAAAUAAGGGUGUCGACAUGUUCAUCGAGUCCUUGGCUCGACUGAAUCACCGGUUGAAGAAUGCGGGUAGCAAGAUGACUGUCGUGGCGUUUAUCAUCAUGCCAGCGCAAACGACGUCGCUCACAGUGGAAGCCCUCAAGGGCCAGGCAGUCAUCAAAUCGCUGCGAGACACGACGACCAUGAUCGAACAGAGCAUCGGUCGACGAAUGUUCGAGCGCUCGCUCAAGUGGCACGAGGGAGACCCAAUGCCAGACGAAAAGGAGCUCAUUUCCGGUCAGGACCGCGUGUUGCUGCGGCGUCGUCUGUUCGCGAUGAAGCGAAGCGGUCUGCCGCCGAUUGUUACACACAACAUGGUGAAUGACCAGGAAGAUCCAGUUCUCAACCAGAUCCGACGCGUACAGCUCUUCAACCACCCUUCGGACCGGGUCAAGGUAGUGUUCCACCCAGAGUUCCUCAACUCUGCCAACCCGGUUCUCCCACUGGACUAUGACGACUUUGUGCGCGGGUGCCACAUGGGUGUUUUUGCUUCGUACUACGAGCCGUGGGGUUACACGCCGGCCGAGUGCACCGUCAUGGGUGUUCCCAGCAUCACGACCAACUUGUCCGGGUUCGGGUGCUACAUGGAGGAGCUGAUUGAGAACUCGAGCGACUAUGGCAUUUACAUUGUCGAUCGCCGAACCAAGGGAGUCGAUGAUUCGGUCAACGAGUUGACGUCGCACAUGUUUGACUUUUGCGGCAAGAGUCGUCGCCAACGAAUCAACCAGCGAAACCGGACGGAGCGUCUGAGCGACCUUCUCGACUGGAAGCGAAUGGGCAUGGAGUACGUCAAGGCUCGUCAACUGGCGUUGCGGCGGGCGUACCCCGACUCGUUCUCGGGAGACGAGGAACCGGAUGACUUUAUUCCUGGCGUCGAGCAAAAGAUUACGCGACCUUUGUCGGUGCCGGGCUCGCCGAGAGACAAGAGCGGUAUGAUGACGCCAGGCGAUUUUGCCAGUUUGCAGGAAGGGCGUGAGGGCUUGAACACCGAGGACUAUGUCGCGUGGAAGUUGCCUGCGGAAGAAGAUCCCGACGAGUAUCCCUUCCCAUUGACGCUCCGAACCAAGGCGCCAGGCGGCGAAAGUCCCUUGCCACCAGCAGCGCUGAAUGGAAGCUAA